AUGGAAGAUGAGGCAGAUAAGCAGCAAUGCAGGAGGAACAGCGCGGACGAUCAGUUCGACAUCUGUCUUGCCGCAUACAAACGACAGCGCGUACGUGCGCAGCGCAAGGCGUCCGCAGUGCUGCAAUCAUUGCAGGACCGAACAGCGAGCGGAUUUGCCGGCCAAGCGAACGGACUCCCACCGCGCCUGAUUAACAGCGUCAAUGGACCACCGCUCGACGAGGUCACAUCACUCAAGAGAAUGCACGUACCGCCCAUGGUGAACUGCGAGUGCAAUGGCGUCACCGUGUGCGCACUGCUGAACACGUCAUGUCCGUUCUCGACGAUGUCGGAGCGCACUGUGCACCGCCUCAGGCUUGGCGAUCAGGUGAUGGCUUGGAAGCAGAGUCCACAGGAUGCCAGUGGCUUGCACCAACACCUGUACACUCUCAGGACGCCGGUCAGAGGCUGCGUAAAAUAUGUGGACCUGGAAUUCGGUUCCUGGAAGCAAGUGUACGAGUUUGCCGUGGUAGAAGAGCCUUUCCCCGAAGUCAGCCUCGGAAUAGAUUUCUUGAGACGAUCACAGUGCCUCAUCAACUUUGAGAAUGCCACGCUGCUGGUUGGAGGUGUCAGAGGCGAGAAGGUGCAGUUGCUCAACGCCAAAGACAUAACAUCGCAAAGCAUGACGGCACUAGCAUCAAGGACCAGUCUCCUCUAGAUUUACUAUCUUGAUUAUCUUUGAUGGGUGCUGUUAGCAUGCGUUCAUAUUUGUUAUUGCACAGGUACACAACAAGGCAAGCUUAUUAUUGCGAGGAUUUGUCACACACAUCUUAAGGGAUAAAUUUCACUAUCUGCCAACUCAUGAACGACAUACUCGUAUAGCAUCACGUGUAGUUGCAAAGAUGUGGGAGUCAGAUAUCACCUGCAGCAAGAUAUAUCUUUCUUUCAUUUUAAUCUCUCUUUAUACAGUAUUUCAAUUAAAUGAA